GAGGCGGCCGAGAACUGAACAGCUGGGUUUGUUUACAAUUUGACGUGCUUUCAGAAAGUGUAAAUUUUCCAGAAUUUCUUUAUUUUUCUCUGGAAAAUAUCAGAAAAUGUGUAGUGAAUUUGAAUGACAUGAAUUUUCAUGAUCGGCAGAAUAUCUUGGAAUCUACAGAAAUUUAACAGCCUCGCCAGUAUGUCGUCCAAAGCCAAGAAGUCUCAGAAAAAGGGCUCUUCCUGUGACCAGGAAGCCCAGAACACCAGCCAGCAAAGCUGUCCAGUGACCACAGACAAGAAUGGCUGCAUUUGCAUUCGAGUGAAUGCAAAACCAGGCGCGAAACACAGUCAAAUCACGGAUAUUGGUGAAGAUGGUGUCGGAAUUCAGAUCUCAGCUCCUCCUGUCGAGGGUCAGGCCAACACGGAACUUCUCAAGUACCUGGCGGACAUUCUUCCUGUCCGCAAGAGCGAUGUGAGUCUCGACAGGGGCUCAAAGUCCCGCCAGAAGGUCGUCAUUUUGGCCAAGGGCAGCACAAGUGUCGAGGAAGUUCUGAGAAUUCUGGGAAAAGAAGCCGAAUCCCGAUAAUAAAAAGCACCAGUUCUACCACAAAA